UAGAAGCCACACUAUGCAGGCUGCUCGUUUGAAACUAGUUUACUACUCAAAAACCAGACUCCACGCUGAAAACAAUGGCCAAACAUGAAACGGUGCGUUUCGCCAUCAUGGGCUGCGCCCAAAUCGCAAGAAAAGUGGCUCGAGCCAUUGCCUUAGCACCCAACGCCACACUUUGUGCCGUUGCCAGCCGUUCCCUCCAAAAGGCCCAAACCUUCGCCGCCCAAAACGCCCUCCCCGACACCGUCGUCCUUUAUGGCAGCUACCAAGAGCUGCUCGACGAUCCAACUGUGGACGCAGUGUACCUGCCGCUCCCAACUUCUCUGCACGUGCAGUGGGCGGUGGCGGCCGCCGCCCGGAGGAAGCACGUGCUGCUGGAGAAGCCGGCUGCGCUAGAUGCGGCGGAGCUAGAGCGGAUCUUGGAGGCGUGCGAGUUGAAUGGCGUGCAGUUCAUGGACGGGAGCAUGUGGCUGCAUCACCCUAGGACCUCUCAUAUGAAGCAACUUUUGUCCCUUUCUCAUUCUGGAAGCAUUGGAAACAUUCAAUUUAUUCACAGCACAUCAACAAUGCAAACAAGAGCUGGAUUCCUGGAGAGCAACAUCAGAGUGAAGGCAGACUUGGAUGGACUUGGUGCGUUGGGUGACCUGGCAUGGUACUGCAUUGGUGCUUCCUUGUGGGCAAAGGGAUACCAAUUGCCAGCCACCGUCACCGCUCUUCCCGAUGUCACAAGAAACGCCGCCGGAGUCAUCUUGUCCAUCACUGCCUCUUUGCAUUGGGACCAACCAGACCAAACCGUCGCAACCAUCCACUGUUCCUUUCUCUCUCACACUUCCAUGGACCUUGCCAUAUGUGGUUCCAACGGCUCCCUGCAUGUUAGGGAUUUCAUAAUCCCAUACCAGGAACACGUUGCUUCCUUUGACUUCACAUUUGGUGCCAAGUUUGUUGAUCUUCACAUUGGGUGGAAUGUGAAGCCAGAGGAAGUUCAUGUAGCUAAUGUGCUCCCUCAAGAAGCACUUAUGGUGCAAGAGUUUGCUAGCCUUGUCGCCACUGGCCCCGAUAACAAGUGGCCUCAGAUUACUAGAAAGACUCAGCUCGUCGUUGAUGCGGUCAACAAGUCGUUAGACCUCGGCUGCAAACCCGUUUCCUUGUAGACCCCCUUGGCCUCAGUCAAGUGUUUCAAUAAUCUAUUCAAAUUCAAUCGUACUCAGUACUCACCAUGUAUAGGUAAUCAAUAAAAUCCUUCUGAUACAGGGAUUUAAGCUAUUGUAAACUUAAUAUAAAUAACACCUAUUCAAAUGAAAAUAUUAA